AUGUCGGUGGUCUUUGGCGAUCAAGAGAAGGAGUCCGACUACGGCUACGUCUACAAGGUGUCCGGCCCGCGUACGCUGCCUCCAUGCGCCGGCGCCGAUGGCUCAUCCUCCUACCUCCGUAGUGGUCAUCGCCGAGAACAUGCACGGCGCGCCAUGUACGAGCUCGUGCGCGUCGGCCAUGACAAGCUCGUGGGCGAAAUCAUCAAGCUCGAGGGCACGAACGCGUCGAUCCAGGUCUACGAAGAUACCUCGGGUUUGACGGUCGGCGAUCCCGUCGAGCGCCGUCGCCAGCCGCUCUCGGUCGAGCUCGGCCCUGGCAUCGUCGACAACAUCUUCGAUGGUAUCCAGCGCCCGCUCGAGUCGAUCGCGAAGCUCAGCCAGGACGUGUACGUCCCGCGCGGUGUCGACGUGCCGUCGCUCAACGCCACCAAGCAGUGGCGCUUCACGCCGCUCAACUUCCGCGAGGGCGACCCGAUCUCGGGCGGCGACAUCUUCGGCCAUGUGCACGAGAACGACAUCUUGCACUCGCACAAGAUCAUGUGCCCGCCCAACGUCUUUGGUACGGUCGUCAAGGUCUACGGCGCCGGCACGGACGGCAACGAGUCGUUUACGCUCCAGGACACGGUCCUCGAAGUCCGCGACGACACGACGGGCAAGACGCACGAGCUCGGUCUCUCGCACUUUUGGCCCGUGCGCAAGCCGCGCCCCGUCGUCGAGAAGCUCGCCGGCAACGUCGCCCUCCAGACGGGCCAGCGUAUUAUCGACGCGCUCUUCCCGUCCGUGCUCGGCGGCACGUGCGCCGUGCCCGGUGCCUUUGGCUGCGGCAAGACGGUCAUUUCGCAGGCGCUCUCGAAGCACUCGAACUCGGACAUGAUUGUGUACGUCGGUUGCGGCGAGCGCGGCAACGAGAUGGCCGAAGUGCUCUGCGACUUCCCGGAGCUCACGAUGACGGUCAACAACCAGGAGGUGCCCAUCAUGAAGCGCACGACGCUCGUCGCCAACACGUCCAACAUGCCCGUCGCGGCCCGUGAAGCCAGUAUCUACACGGGUAUCACGCUCGCCGAGUACUUCCGCGAUCAGGGUAUGAACGUCAGUAUGAUGGCCGACUCGACGUCGCGCUGGGCCGAAGCGUUGCGUGAAAUCUCGGGUCGUCUCGGUGAAAUGCCUGCCGACUCGGGGUACCCGGCGUACCUUGGCGCGCGUUUGGCGGCGUUCUACGAGCGCGCCGGUCGCGUCUCGUGCCUCGGGUCGCCGAAGCGCGAGGGCAGUGUGACGGUCGUCGGCGCCGUGUCGCCGCCGGGUGGCGAUUUCUCGGACCCGGUCACGGCCGCGACGCUCUCGAUCGUGCAGGUGUUCUGGGGCCUCGACAAGAAGCUCGCGCAGCGCAAGCACUUUCCGUCGGUCAACUGGCUCAUCUCGUACACCAAGUACAUGCGCGUGCUCGAGCCCUUCUUCAACAAGCUCGACCCCGACUACUCCAACUUGCGCACCAAGUGCCAGGAGAUUCUCCAGAAGGAAGACAACUUGCAAGAAAUCGUGCAGCUCGUCGGGAAGGAGUCGCUCUCGGAGGACCAGAAGGUCGUCAUGGAGGUUGCCAAGAUCAUUCGCGAAGAUUUCUUGCAGCAGAACGCGUUCUCGGACUAUGACUUUACGUGCCCGCUCGUCAAGUCGGUCGGCAUGCUCCGGUCGAUUAUCCUCUUGCACAACCUGUCGCAGAAGGUGAUUGCGGACUCGCCGCCGGACGCGCGCGUGACGUGGGCGCAGAUCAAGGUCUCGCUCAACCCUGUCAUCCAGAAGAUCAUCCAGACCAAGUUCCAGCUGCCCAAGCAGCCCGAGGACCAGAUGCGCGGCUUCUUCAAGAACCUCGACGACGAAAUCGAGGCGGCUUUCCAGUCGCUCUCGGACUAAGCGAUCGACGAGUAACAACGGCGACGGUCAAUAUAUCUCCUCC